AUGAUAAUAUCAGGGAGAAGUAUUAAUGUGGACCUCGUUGUUAAUGUUUAUGUGUUUUUAGAGGUUACCAUGGUUGAAAUCUCAGAAGAUGAUUCUGCUUCUAAUCUUCCAAUUAUACAUGGAGUAGCAUCACAAAUGGGACCUCCCCCUCCACGUCCACCGCGUUCUGGAAAAGUGCAUGGACCAUCAGUAGGGACAGGGAGUACCGCUGGCUCAUCUACACCAGCUUCUGAACCUUCACAUGCUUGUGCCGCAGGUGAAACAUUAGCUAAUAAUCCUAAUGCUGGUGUGAAGAGAUCAAAGGUAUGGGAUCACUAUGAUAUUUAUGAAAAUGGUGAGAGAGCGAAACGUAAAUAUUGCAAAAAGGCUAAUUACAAGAUUGGUAAGAAAAAUUUGGAUGGUAAGAAACAUGGGACUUCUAAUCUCCAACAUCAUUUGGAUAAGUGUCAGAAGUAUAAGAAUGAAAUGAAUGAGGCUAGAGCUGACGGACAACAAACACUUGACUUCCAGCCUUGCAAGCUUGGAGAGGAACCACAGUUGGUUGGGGUGUCUUUUUCUCAAGAUGCGUGCAGGAGAGCGCUGAUUAGAUUUAUCGUUACCGAUGAAAUGGCUUUUAGAAUUGUUGAAGGUGAAGGUUUUAUAGAUUUUUGUAAGUAUCUUGAGCCUCGAUUUAAGCUUCCAAGUCGUAUGACAAUAUAUCGUGAUGUGUGCAAGCUGUUUUUGACAGAGAAGGCUAAUCUGAAAAGUUAUUUCAAAGCAAACAAGGUAAGAGUGUGCCUUACUACUGGCACUUGGACGCCAUCGCAGAAUUACAAUUAUAUGGUAGUGACUGCGCAUUUCAUUGAUCAUCACUGGAAACUACAUAAAAGAAUUAUCUGUUUUUGCUUGAUUGAUAGCCAUGAAGGUACAAAAAUUGGAGAGGCUUUGGCGAAAUGUUUGCUAGACUGGGGACUUGAAAAGGUUUUCACUGUGACGCUUGAUAAUGUGUCUGCAAAUAAAGUUGUUGUUGACUAUUUGAGGAAGAGAGUUCAGAGUUGGGGUUCUGCAUUACUCGGAGCUAAACAUUUACAUGUUCGAUGUGCGGCUCACGUACUUGCACUUGUUGUGAAGGACGGUAUGAAGAAGUAUCAUACAUCACUUCUCAGGAUCAGGGCAGUGGUAAAAUAUGUCACGAAAUCUCCCGCAAGAUAUAAAAGGUUUAUGGAGGCUGCUGAGUCGGAAAGAAUAGAUUGUAAAAAGGGUCUGAUAUUAGAUGUGAGAACGCGGUGGAAUUCUACUUACUUAAUGCUUGUUGCUGCUGAAAGAUAUGAAAAGGCAUUUGAAAGGCUACGUGAGUUGGAUAAGGCAUUUUGUGAAGAGUUUUGCUUUGAUAUUCCAGUACCAGAUAAUAUUAUGGGUGAUGGUGAUGACACUGUUGAUCUUGAUGUUGAUUAUGAUCUGGAAUCAGACAAUGAAGAAGAACUUGAUACUACUGAAGAAGAAGAUUUUGCUGUUGUCAGGAAAGCCAAGAAAAAAACAGGCCAAAAGUGCAUGCUCCUGAACGAUACGAUUGCUUCUACUUAUGUUACUUCUCAUUCUUUCUUAUUGGAACUUGAUACUGUUCGUCAAGAAUUAGAAGAAUGGAAAAAUACACAUGAGGACCCUUUCUUAAGCCACAUGGGUGAUGUAGUGUUGCUCAAGUACAACAAAUAUUGGGGAACAUACCGAAAGAUGAAUUCGUUGAUGUUUAUGGCUGUACUUCUUGAUCCACGAGAGAAAGAACAUGGAUUAUUUGUGAUUGUUGAAGAUUUAAUUGUGCAUUAUGACCCAGCAAUGAAGAAAAAACUUGUAGAAAAAUGGGUUGAAGGGUUCUGA